AUGCAUACAAAAUCUGAAGACAAAGUGAAAAAAUCUCAGGAACUUCUGAACCAACUGAAGAACAAAAUUGAACAGAAACUUCCGGCAGAAAACAUCUUGGAUUACAAAGUUACAUGGAACAAAGAGAAAGGAAUUGAUCCAAACUCAGAAGAACACCGGAAAUAUCUUGUAAAGUUGUGUGACGAUUUCGUAUCGAAGAUGUGCUCAAUGAUUCAUACAGCUGUCCAGGCAAAGAAGAGAGCAGAUGGACCGCUCAUAGAAGAAAUAGUUCAACAUAUUCAGUUCUCUCAGGAUAAAUGUAGACAGUUUCACGGACGCGACGAUGUGUUUAAGCAAAUAAAGCGAUAUGUUCAGGGUAUGAGUAAUGAACCAAUGGUAUUAUACGGCCCGUCCGGUUGUGGCAAAACAUCCAUAAUGGCCAUGGCAGCAAAACAAUGUGCCGAAUGGACGAAUAACAAAGCUGCGGUUGUAUUCAGGUAG